CCGGGGCGGUCUGAGGGGAGGAGAGGGAGGGAGGAGGAAGAGGACGACGAGGAGGAGGAAGAAGUCCUCUGAACUCCAGCGCGGCGACUCUGGAGGAGGAGAGAGGAAGGCGGAGCAGAGAGGCGGAGACGCAGCCCGGCAGGGGCGGCACGGCGCUCGGAGUCCCGCGUCGGCCAGUGUGAGAAGCAGCGAGUAGGCGACGCCGCUGCAACUGCGGCGCGUCCGAUCUCCCGGCCGUGCGUGGCCUCGCUGCCGGAAACCGCGCCCCAGGUAUUUUCUCCAGAAAGAAGAAAACAUUGAUACCUUGCAUCCUGGAAGUUCAUUUAGGAAUCUGAAAUCAGGGACUUCUUUAUAAUUUGGACAUGGCUAAUCGAGGAGCAACAAGACCCAACGGGCCAAAUACUGGAAAUAAAAUAUGCCAGUUCAAACUGGUACUUCUAGGAGAGUCUGCUGUUGGCAAAUCAAGUCUGGUGCUUCGCUUUGUGAAAGGCCAAUUUCAUGAGUUUCAAGAGAGUACCAUUGGGGCUGCCUUUCUAACCCAAACUGUGUGUCUUGAUGACACAACAGUAAAAUUUGAAAUAUGGGAUACAGCUGGCCAAGAACGGUAUCAUAGCCUAGCACCAAUGUACUACCGAGGAGCACAAGCCGCCAUAGUUGUGUAUGAUAUUACAAAUGAGGAGUCCUUUUCGAGAGCAAAAAACUGGGUUAAAGAACUUCAAAGGCAAGCAAGUCCUAAUAUUGUGAUAGCUUUGUCAGGAAACAAGGCUGACUUAGCAAAUAAAAGAGCUGUUGACUUCCAGGAAGCACAGUCCUAUGCAGAUGACAACAGCUUAUUAUUUAUGGAGACAUCAGCUAAGACAUCAAUGAAUGUAAAUGAAAUAUUUAUGGCAAUAGCUAAAAAGCUGCCAAAGAACGAACCACAAAAUCCAGGCGCAAACUCAGCCAGAGGACGAGGAGUAGACCUUACUGAGCCUGCACAGCCAGCCAGAAGCCAGUGUUGUAGUAACUGAACUCCAGUGUCAACUUCCUAAAUGGCAAAAACCAUGGAAUUGGGAGCAUUUAGCCGGCCCAGUGUGACUUCCAAAAAGAGACUAUGGUAGAAUCAAGUUUCUAAUACUGAAUUAUUUUGAGUGUUUUGAACUUAAUUUUUAAUAACAUGCAUGUGUUCCUCCAGCAGUAGAAAGGAAAAUGAGAACUGUGUAUACACUUGUUCCAUGGGAAAGUGCAGGGGAACAGUUCAUCUCUAGUGGGUAUGGACCCACUCUUAACCCACCCAGUCUCCAAACUGGGAUGAUAGUCAGGUAUGGAAGAUUCAAAAUUACUAAUGUAUGCUUUAGAAGAACAUUUUUAGAAGACUAAAAAUAUUUAUGCUUAGCAACAAAAGCCAAGCAAAUGGUAAUUUUCUUUGAUUGUCUUAAAAAGCCUACAUUUCACAUAUUAAUAAAGUAAUCCCAAGAAAAAAGUCCUAUAUCUCCAGAAAGAAGGAAUAUUGGUGGCAUCUUAAUUUUAUUCAGUCAUGUUACUUCUUAAAAUUUAAUUGAAGAAAAAAAAUUGUCACAUGUAACCCCAUCCUGUUUUAGGAAUAUAAAAACUGAUAAGUGCAUUGUAAUGGAUAGUGGUCCCUUCAUAGGAGCUUCUUUUUAAGACAAAGUGGAAACAAACCAGGUAUCUGCUUUCUAUUUAAUCACUGUUGGCUAUUACAUAGAGGUCUGUCUAGAACAGGGAGGGGGCUCUGCUUCCCUUUGGACAUGAUUAGUCAGUGCAUUAACCAUUAUGUACAUUCAAACUUGAUUAUUUUAAAUAUUCAGCUGU